CAGUUUGCCUGUCGAAUUGGAAGUGAACAGAACAAAUCGAAAAAAAAAUUAAUAGCCAAAAUAUUAACAUGAGUCACAUAACUCGAAAGCGUUUACUAACUUUGGAUGAGGAAUCUCAGCAUAUCAAUUCGACAAAACGAUGUGGGAGCAACUGCAUCGAGAAGAUGUUAACAAAAUGGUCCCGCCAAAGUAUUCCAGGCGUCAAUAGCAUUUCGCGGAAGCGAUCGUUUCCUUGGGAGGAUAACUCGCCUGAUAUAUUUCCCGCAAAACAUUCACGAAAGCAUAUCAUAAAAAAGAAGUCGAAAACAAUUCACGAGCCAGAGGUCCCGAUAGAUUUUUUGAUGGGACUGCCAGUAUUGCUUGAUAGUGACUUUAGUGAUUCGGAGGAAUGUCGCCCAAAAUCAGAGAUUCAUGUGGCCAAACCAGAAACUGAAGAUAACCGAGAUUUGUUUACCUAUCAGCAAUUGAAAUUAAUGUGCUGCGAAAUGAUGAAACAAUGCGAAGAUCGGGUAGUACUGGAAUAUGAAAUAGCAUUGACUCAAAAAAUGGCAGAGCAGUAUGAUACAUUCAUCAAGUUCAACCACGACCAAUUGCAGCGAGAAUGUGAACAUAGGGCUAGUUAUUUGUCUUAGACAGUUUGUUGUAUUAUUGUCUUAUUAACUUGUUUCGAAAAUUGUUUAUGUGAGUUUAGCAAGAAUAAAAGAAUAUCUCUUCGCUUAU